GCUUCUGCCGCUUCUGCUGGAGGAUCAGAGUGAGAGUUGUAGUGUGCUGCUGCUACACAUGUCCCCUUCAGUGCUCGGGGGGUCACAUUAGAUCAGCACUGAGCCCCCCCCCUUUGGAGAUGAGCACACGCAAAACCUGGCUUGUUGCUUGCAGUGCUCGAGCUUGACAUAAACGUGGAUUUUCUACACUGACUGCACUUUCAUUCAGCACUUCAGCUACUCUUGUUUGGGACUUUGUGUGGUUUAUGAAUCCCACAGCUCCCCUUCCAAAUGGAAUUGCAAAGGACCUCUAGCCUAUCGGGGCCAUUGUCCUCCCCAGUACACACGGCCCAGGUACCCUUCAAUUACAACCAGCUAGAGGGGAGGUUUAAACAGUUACAAGAUGAACGGGAGGCUGUCCAGAAGAAGACUUUCACAAAAUGGGUUAAUUCCCACCUGGCCCGAGUGUCCUGCAGAAUUACUGAUCUGUAUGCAGACCUGCGAGAUGGGCGGAUGCUUAUCAAACUGCUGGAAGUUCUCUCUGGCGAGAGACUUCCCAAGCCCACCAAGGGAAGAAUGCGUAUCCAUUGUCUGGAGAAUGUUGACAAGGCUCUGCAGUUCCUCAAAGAGCAAAGGGUUCACCUAGAAAAUAUGGGCUCACAUGAUAUUGUUGAUGGAAACCACAGGCUGACCCUAGGUCUGAUUUGGACCAUCAUCCUCAGAUUCCAGAUCCAAGAUAUUAGUGUGGAGACCGAGGACAACAAGGAGAAGAAAUCUGCAAAGGAUGCUCUGCUUUUAUGGUGCCAGAUGAAGUCAGCUGGAUAUCCAAAUGUGAAUAUACAUAACUUUACAACCAGCUGGAGGGAUGGCAUGGCCUUCAAUGCACUCAUUCAUAAACACAGGCCAGACUUGAUUGAUUUUGAUAAGCUGAAGAAGUCAAACGCACACUACAAUCUGCAAAAUGCCUUCAACCUUGCAGAGCAGCACUUAGGUCUCACUAAACUCCUUGACCCUGAAGAUAUCAGUGUGGACCAUCCUGAUGAAAAGUCCAUCAUUACUUAUGUUGUCACAUACUAUCAUUACUUCUCAAAGAUGAAGGCACUGGCCGUGGAAGGAAAGCGUAUUGGAAAAGUUUUAGAAAAUGCAAUUGAAACUGAGAAAAUGAUUGAGAAGUAUGAAUCCCUGGCCUCUGACCUCCUUGAGUGGAUUGAACAAACCAUAAUCAUCCUGAACAAUCGGAAAUUCGCCAACUCACUGAUCGGUGUGCAGCAGCAGCUUCAAGCUUUCAACACCUACCGCACUGUGGAAAAACCACCAAAAUUUACAGAAAAGGGAAACUUGGAAGUGUUGCUCUUUACCAUUCAGAGUAAGAUGCGGGCCAACAACCAGAAGGUGUACAUGCCAAGAGAGGGCAAGCUCAUCUCAGAUAUUAAUAAGGCCUGGGAAAGACUGGAAAAAGCAGAACAUGAGAGAGAACUGGCACUGCGAAAUGAGCUGAUCCGACAGGAGAAACUGGAACAACUUGCACGCAGGUUUGAUCGAAAGGCAGCUAUGAGAGAGACCUGGCUGAGUGAAAACCAGCGUCUGGUGUCUCAGGAUAACUUUGGGUUUGACCUUCCUGCUGUGGAAGCCGCCACAAAGAAACAUGAAGCCAUUGAAACAGACAUUGCAGCCUAUGAAGAACGUGUCCAGGCUGUGGUGGCAGUGGCACGAGAACUGGAAACUGAAAACUACCAUGACAUAAAGCGAAUCACUGCUCGAAAGGACAAUGUCAUCCGUCUCUGGGAAUACCUUCUAGAGCUGCUUCGGGCACGACGACUGCGCCUAGAAAUGAACCUUGGCCUGCAGAAGGUUUUCCAAGAGAUGCUUUACAUUAUGGACUGGAUGGACGAAAUGAAGGUGCUUCUGUUGUCUCAGGAUUAUGGGAAACAUUUGCUAGGAGUGGAGGACUUGUUACAGACGCAUGCUCUGGUGGAGUCUGACAUUGCCAUUCAGGCAGAUAGAGUACGUGCUGUUAAUGCAUCAGCUCAGAAAUUUGCUGUUGGAGGGGAAGGUUACAAGCCGUGUGAUCCACAGAUUAUACGGGACCGCAUAUCCCAUAUGGAAUUCUGCUAUCAAGAACUGUGCCAACUGGCAGCUGAAAGACGUGCACGUUUGGAAGAGUCUAGGCGGCUUUGGAAGUUUUUCUGGGAGAUGGCAGAAGAGGAAGGAUGGAUUAGAGAAAAGGAGCAGAUUCUUUCUUCCGAUGACUAUGGGAAGGAUUUGACCAGCGUUGUUCGUCUUCUGAGCAAACACAAAGCCUUUGAAGAUGAAAUGAGUGGGAGAAGUGGUCACUUACUGCAGACCAUCAAGGAAGGUGAGGAGAUGAUUGCAGAAGAGCACUUUGGAUCUGAGAAGAUAAGGGAGCGCAUCAAGGAUAUUCAGGAGCAAUGGGCAAACCUUGAACACCUGUCUGCCAUUCGCAAGAAACGCCUGGAAGAAACAUCAAGCUUCCACCAGUUCCAGGCAGAUGCCGAUGACAUUGAUGCUUGGAUGUUAGACAUCUUGAGGAUAGUGUCCAGUAAUGAUGUAGGACAUGAUGAAUAUUCCACUCAAUCUCUAGUCAAGAAACACAAGGAUGUAGCUGAAGAAAUAGCAAAUUACAGAACCACUAUUGAUGCUCUACAUGAGCAAGCUGCUGCCCUUCCCCAGGAACAGUUUGAAUCUAAUGAAGUGCAGAUCAGGUUGUCUGGAAUGGAGGAAAGAUACAAGGAACUGGUUGAGCUGGCACGACUUCGCAAACAGGCAUUGCAAGAUGCCCUCACGUUGUACAAAAUGUUUAGUGAAGUUGAUGCUUGUGAACUUUGGAUUGUUGAGAAGGAGCAGUGGUUGAACCAUCUGCAAAUCCCUGAGAAGCUGGAAGACCUGGAGGUUAUUCAGCACAGAUUUGAAAGUCUAGAGCCAGAAAUGAACAACCAGGCAUCAAGAGUGGCUGUUGUAAACCAGAUUGCCCGUCAGCUGAUUCACAGUGGACAUCCAAGCGAGAGUGAAAUCAAAGGACAGCAAGAGAAAUUGAACAUCAGGUGGGGCCAGUUUAGAGAAUUGGUUGACAAGACAAAGGAUGCCCUCAGUUCAGUACUAAGUAUUCAGAACUACCAUCUUGAGUGCAAUGAAACCAAGUCCUGGAUUAGGGAAAAGACCAAAGUCAUUGAGUCAACUCAGGACCUGGGCAAUGACCUUGCUGGAGUCAUGGCACUCCAGAGAAAGUUAACUGGUAUGGAACGUGACUUGGCUGCUAUUGAGGCCAAACUGACCGAUCUGCAAAAAGAAGCCGAGAAACUUGAAGCUGAGCAUCCUGACCAAGCUCAGGCUAUCAUGAGCAGGCUUGCAGAAAUUAAUGACGUAUGGGAAGAAAUGAAGACCACCCUGAAGAACAGAGAAGAGUCUCUUGGUGAAGCUAGCAAACUCCAAAAGUUCCUCCGUGACUUAGAUGAUUUCCAGUCCUGGUUAUCAAGGACACAGACAGUGAUUGCUUCCGAGGACAUGCCAAAUACGUUAGCAGAGGCAGAGAAGCUGCUCACGCAACACGAAAACAUUAAAAAUGAAAUCGACAACUAUGAAGAGGAUUACCAGAAGAUGAGAGACAUGGGGGAGAUGGUGACACAGGGACAGACAGAUGCACAGUACAUGUUCUUGCGUCAGCGUCUUCAGGCUCUUGACACUGGCUGGAAUGAGCUUCACAAAAUGUGGGAGAACAGGCAAAAUCUUUUAUCCCAGUCCCAUGCUUACCAGAUCUUCCUAAGAGACACCAAGCAAGCAGAAGCUUUUCUUAAUAACCAGGAGUAUGUCUUGGCACACACUGAAAUGCCCAAUAUCUUGGAAGCUGCUGAAGCCGCCAUAAAGAAACAAGAGGAUUUCAUGACCACAAUGGAUGCGAGUGAAGAGAAGAUUAACGCAGUUGUAGAUACCGGCAGAAGACUGGUCAAAGAUGGCAACAUCAACUCUGAUAAAAUUGAAGAAAAAGUUGAUUCUAUUGACAGCAGGCAUAUGAAGAAUCGGGAGACAGCAAAAGAUCUUGUAUCACGUCUGAAAGACAACAGGGAAAUGCAGGAGUUUCUACAGGAUUGUCAAGAGCUGUCCCUCUGGAUUAAUGAGAAAAUGCUCACUGCUCGGGAUAUGUCGUAUGAUGAAGCCAGGAACUUGCACAGUAAAUGGCUGAAGCACCAAGCUUUUAUGGCAGAGCUUGCAUCCAACAAGGAAUGGCUGGACAAAAUAGAGAAGGAAGGAAACCAGUUGAUUGCAGAAAAGCCUGAAACGGAGCCCAUAGUGAGGGAGAAGAUGACAGGCCUGCAAGAAAUGUGGGAAGAACUGGAAACCACCACACAGACAAAGGCCCAGAGACUUUUUGAUGCCAACAAAGCUGAACUGUUCACCCAGAGCUGUGCAGAUCUGGACAAGUGGCUUCAUGGACUGGAGAGUCAGAUCCAAUCUGAUGACUUUGGCAAGGAUCUCACCAGUGUAAACAUUCUACUGAAGAAGCAGCAGAUGCUGGAAAAGCAAAUGGAUGUGCGCAAGAAGGAGGUGGAAGAACUGCAGAGCCAGGCUCAGGCCCUGAGCCAGGAGGGAAAGAGUCCAGAUGAGGUUGACGGUCAGCGUAUAGUUGUGGAGAAGAGGUUCGUGGAACUAAUGGCACCACUAACUGAGAGGAAAAAAUAUCUGUUGGCUUCUAAAGAAAUUCACCAGUUCAACCGGGAUGUGGAAGAUGAGAUUCUCUGGGUUGAAGAGAGAAUGCCUCUUGCAACAUCAACUGAUCAUGGACACAACCUCCAGACUGUGCAGCUACUAUACAAAAAAAAUCAGACUCUUCAGAAGGAAAUCCAAGGCCACCAGCACCGCAGCGAUGAGAUCUUUGAGCGGAGCCAAAAGAUUUUGGAAGAUGGCAGCCUGAAUGCUGAAGCGAUCCAGCAACGACUGUCAGACCUCCAGGCGCUAUGGAACCUCCUCAUUGAGGAGACAGAGAAGAGGCACCGGAGGCUGGAGGAAGCCCACAGGGCUCAGCAGUAUUACUUUGAUGCUGCAGAGGCUGAGGCCUGGAUGAGCGAGCAAGAACUUUACAUGAUGUCUGAAGAGAAAGCCAAGGAUGAGCAGAGUGCUGUGUCGAUGCUGAAGAAGCACCAGAUUUUGGAGCAGGCAGUGGAGGACUAUGCGGAUGCUGUACAUCAGCUUUCCAAGACGAGUAGAUCCUUGGUGGCAGAUGGACAUCCUGAGAGUGAACGCAUCAGCAUGCGUCAGUCGCAAGUGGACAAACUGUAUGCAGGUCUGAAAGAUUUGUCGGAGGAGAGGAGAGGGAAACUGGAUGAAAGGCAAAGGCUGUUCCAGCUGAACCGGGAGGUGGACGACCUGGAGCAAUGGAUUGCUGAGAGGGAGGUGGUAGCAGGUUCUCAUGAGUUGGGACAGGACUAUGAACAUGUUACAAUGUUGCAAGAGAGGUUCAGAGAGUUUGCACGUGAUACUGGGCACAUUGGACAGGAGAGGGUGGACACUGUUAAUCACAUGGCAGAUGACCUUAUUAAUUCUGGACAUUCCGAUGCUGCUACAAUAGCAGAAUGGAAGGAUGGCCUGAACGAGGCCUGGGCAGACCUCCUGGAGCUGAUUGACACCAGAACGCAGAUACUGGCUGCCUCAUACGAACUGCACAAAUUCUAUCAUGAUGCGAAGGAGAUCCUUGGGCGCAUACAGGAUAAACAGAAGAAGCUUCCAGAGGAGCUGGGAAGAGAUCAGAACACAGUUGAAACACUACAAAGAAUGCACACCACAUUCGAACAUGACAUUCAAGCACUGGGCACGCAGGUGAGGCAACUUCAAGAGGAUGCUACACGGUUGCAGGCUGCUUAUGCAGGAGACAAGGCCGAUGAUAUUCAGAAGAGGGAGAGUGAGGUCCUGGAGGCCUGGAAAGCAUUGUUGGAUGCCUGUGAAGGCAGGCGGCUCCGUUUGGUGGACACGGGAGACAAAUUCCGAUUCUUCAGCUUGGUCCGUGACCUCAUGCUCUGGAUGGAAGAUGUCAUCCGACAGAUUGAAGCCCAAGAAAAGCCAAGGGAUGUUUCUUCAGUAGAACUGCUAAUGAAUAAUCACCAGGGCAUUAAAGCAGAAAUUGAUGCCCGGAAUGACAGCUUUACUACAUGCAUUGAGCUUGGCAAGUCUCUGCUGGCGAGGCAGCACUAUGCAACAGAAGAGAUAAAAGAAAAAUUAUUACAAUUGACCGAGAAGAGAAAAGACAUGAUUGACAAGUGGGAAGACCGAUGGGAAUGGCUGAGACUGAUUCUGGAGGUGCACCAGUUUUCCCGGGACGCCUGUGUCGCCGAGGCCUGGUUGCUGGGACAGGAGCCAUACCUGUCAAGUCGUGAAAUAGGCCAGAGCGUAGCUGAAGUGGAAAAACUAAUCAAGAGGCACGAGGCAUUUGAGAAAUCAGCAGCUACUUGGGAUGAAAGGUUUUCAGCCUUGGAAAGACUUACAACGCUGGAAUUAUUGGAAGUUCGUCGACUUCAAGAGGAAGAGGAGAGGAAGCGCAAGCCUCCCACGCCUGAGUUGAGUCCAAAGGUGUCAGAAGAAGAUUCACCACAGCAGUGGGACGGAAAAGAAGAACAGAUUUCUCAGAACGGAUUGCCAUCAGACCAAGAUUCUCCACGGAUGGAACUGGAGAGCACUGUUGGUUUGUAUUCUGAUGGUGCACAUACAGCAGAACAAGUACAUGAGUUUGUACCUGACGAGCCGCAGUCCCCUCCAUUGGUAAACAUGGGUGAAAAUGCUGAAACCAAUGAAAUGGUCAACGGAUCCACUGAGCAGAGAUCAAGUUCGAAAGAAUCCAGUCCGGUUCCAUCACCGACUGCUGACCGCAAGUCGAAAUCAGGAAUGCAGCCGCAGACUGCCGCCACAUUACCCGCCAAGACGCAGGACAUUCCUUCUGCUCAGUUUGAAGGCACUUUACAUCGUAAACAUGAAUGGGAAACGCACAACAAGAAAGCCUCAAACAGAUCUUGGCAUAAUGUAUACUGUGUGAUAAACAAUCAAGAACUGGGCUUUUAUAAAGACGCCAAGUCUGCAUCUUCUGGUAUUCCCUACCACAAUGAGGUUCCGGUGAAUCUGAAAGAAGCCGCCUGUGAAGUAGCCACUGACUACAAGAAGAAAAAGCAUGUAUUCAAGCUGAAACUGAAUGAUGGAAAUGAGUACCUCUUCCAAGCCAAAGAUGAUGAGGAGAUGAACACAUGGAUCCAGGCCAUCACAAAUGCAAUCUCAUCAGACAAAACCGAGGUGUCCCUGAGCACACAGAGCACUCCAGCAUCCAGCCGCGCCCAAACCAUGCCAGCCAGUGUCACAGUCACCACCGAGUCCAGCCCUGGCAAGCGGGAGAAAGACAAAGAGAAGGACAAGGAGAAAAGGUUCAGCCUGUUUGGAAAAAAGAAGUGAACUACAACCUAAAACAAACAAAAUGAUACAAACCACUGCACUUCUAUUAUAUUUUCUUUUUCUUUUCAGUGAAAUGUCAGCAUGCAAGCUCAGAACCAAUACAUUACUCUGUGCCUAAUGUUCCCCCAAUGUGAUUAAAAGAUAAUAAU